AUGGAACCUUUUAAUCCGAACGUGAGCAACCCUAACAACAUAUCGGAACUGCAAACAAAUACUAAAAAGAUGUCACAGUACGUUACAAUCGGCUUUGUAGUCCGAAGGUCCCGCAGAAGUAGCCCACCCGAGGCCAACGAACGCCUCCCACCCGGCGUACAAGAAGUAAUCUCACGCGGAUCCUGCUACAUUGGCAAGCUCAACGACAGAAUUGUGCUGAAGUAUGCCUCCGAUCUCAAUGACCUCGGCUUCCGGACAAGCAUCAAAGUCGAGAGACGCAUCCUGCAAAUCAUAGGCCCUCACCCCCGAAUCAUCCAGUCCAUGGGCCUGGUCGAAGACGGUCUCAUACUGAAGUACUACCCCAACGGCACUCUCCACAAGUACAUCGAGGCCCACCCGGACGAGACGCUCGAACGCCGCCUGGAAUGGUGCAAGCAGCUCAUUGAUACUCUGUCGUUCGUGCACUCCAAGCGCGUUAUCCAUUGCGAUAUCUGUCUGAGCAAUAUCUUCCUCGACGAGAACUUCAAUAUCAUCCUCGCCGACUUCCAGGGUUUGGUUUUUUCGAGCGUUAAUGGUCUGCCCUUGCUUGAUGGAAUGACACGCGAGUGCGCCAAGGCGUACAUGCCCCGCCAGCAUCUCUACGUCGUCAAUGUUCAAACUGAUCUCUUCGCUGUGGGAUCGGCAAUCUAUCAUAUUAUUGCUGGUCACGAGGUUUUUCCUGAGUUGGACAGCUUUGAUGAUGAGGAUGCCAUCACCGCCCGGUUUAUCAACGGUGACUUUCCCAACAAUGACUAUGUCGCUAGUCACAUUGUGGAGAAGUGCUGGCGCGGGGAGUAUUCGUCCGCUGCUGAGAUUUCGGCUGAUAUUGCUGCGGUUCAGGCUGCUGGAGAGAAUGUUGAUGAGGAGUUGAGGCAGCUGGAUGUGGAUAUGGAGUUUGAGGGCGAGAAGUACUACCAGUACGAAGAGGAAGAGGAGGAACAGGGCAAAGACGAGGAAGAGGACGCAGAGUACGACGAGGAAGAGGAUGCGGAGUACGACGAGGAAGAGGAUGCGGAGUACGAAUAUGAGGAUGAGGAAGACGAGGAGGACGAGAAGGUGUUGUAA